CGCAGCUUUAGCCAGCCACAACAGAAAGCAUUCUACCACUAAGGCCGCACAAGCGAAGUGAGAGCUUUUGCACGAGGAGUUCAUCAGCAACCAUGAAGGGCACCAAGCUCGCGGCGAUUCUGAUCCUCCAGGCCGUCCUGGUCAUGGGAGUCCUCUCGCACGUGAACGCCGACUAUUUCCCCACGUGCUGCAACAACUGCAGGUCCUUCUCCGGGGUCGACGUCUGCGACGACGCCCAUCCGCAGUGCCCCACCGGCUGCUCGGCGUGCCGCGUGGUGACCACGAACCCCCAGACGUUCCGCUGCGCCGACAUGAAAGCCACCGUCGACGGCACCUGCGGCGGGCCAUGCAAGAAGUACUGAUCGGCUCAGGCUCACAUGAGACUAUUGUUCCGCUUGGCGCCUAAAAUAAAAGCUCGGAUGAGAUGACCGGACUCAUCUUGCCUAUGCGUGUGUGUGUGGCCAACAAUAUGUAUACUGUUCCGUCGUGUCUUUGUCACCGUGGUUUCUUUCUCGAGAAAUAUCCCCCGUGAAUAUUGUGCGUGUCUACUCAAUAACAUGAAUAUUACUUGUAUUUAUCCAAUAA